AGAGAUGAGGAUCCCGGUGCCACCACCCCGCUGACCAGAAGCUCUCGGGGUGUGCGAGAACACGUGGGCGGACGAAGAGAGAGCAGUAGGAGUAGCAGUGUUGUCUGUGGUGAUCCAUGUUUCCGUCAGUGCCAAGAAGUCGAGGGACUGGAGGGAGGCAUAGGCUGAGAUGAACUCUGCCUUGUUGGCCGCAGAUCGGCAGUUCCAGAGGCUACCGGAGACCUGGAACUCCACGUGGGUCGUGCGCGCUGGGACCACCAGAUUAGGGUGGCCGCGGCCACGCGGUGUGGAGUGUUUGUAUGGUCUGUGCAGAGAGGAGAGAACAGGGAUAGACAGACACAUAGUUGACAGGCUACAGAAGAGGCUACGCUAAUGCAAAGGAGAUUGGAAUGACAAGUGGACUACACGUCUCGAAUGUUCAGAAAGUUAAGCUUACGUAGCAAGAAUCUUAUUGACUAAAAUUAUUAAAAUGAUACAGUACUGCUGAAGUAGGCUAGCUGGCAGUGGCUGCGUUGUUGACACUACACAAUCAAGUCGUUCCGUUGAGUGUAAUAGUUUCUGCAGUGCUGCUAUUCGGGGGCUAGCUGGCUAGCUAGCAGUGUUGUUUACGUUACGUUGCGUUAAAAGAACGACAAUAGCUGGCUAGCUAACCUAGAAAAUCGCACUAGACUACACAAUUGUCUUUGAUACAAAGACGGCUAUGUAGCUAGCUACGAUCAAACAAAUCAAACCGUUGUACUGUAAUGAAAUGAAAUGAAAAUGUGAUACUACCUGUGAAUGCGACCGGGUUGUUGAGUUCUAUUCAGUAGACGUUGGCUAGCUGUUAGCUGUUAGCUAGCUAGCAGAGUCUCCUACGUUAAGGACGACAAAUAGCUGGCUAGCUAACCUCUGUAAAUUAAGAUAAUCACUCUAAGACUACACACUCUAAACUACACAAUUAUCUAGGAUACGAAGACAGCAAAGACAGCUCUAUAUUAUACAUUAUGGGAUAUUUUGUGUAGAUUGCUGAGGAAGAAAUGUAAGAAUGAGGCUGUUAUGUAACAAAAUGUGGAAAAAGUCAAGGCGUCUGAAUACUUUCUGAAGGCACUGUAAAUGCUGUAUACUCUGUGUAUGAGUAAUAUGGGAAAUGGGCUGACAUUUUCAUUCUAUUUAAUACAUGGUAAGACUGGCUUAGCAUUGCUACACUAGUUUAGCCCUUAUGACCUUUCUAUUGUUACUUCUUUCAUUACUGAUGUCAAUAUCACCUGAGAGAUUAUGCUGUUGGUGGGAAUUACAGCAACUCCGUUGAAGAGUUCCAAAGUAUUUUAUUGCAACGCCAGCGGAUGUUAAUACAUCACCAGUGAGGUAUCUUUCUGACCUUUGGCUCCAAGACAUUUCACACGGCUUUGAGGCUCGAGUCGAGCCAAAGAGUUGAAAGGAACAACAUCCUUAGCAGUUGCAAGCAGCACAUCAUUAUGGAGACAGACCAAGAGGCUUGCAAGGCAGCUGCGAGCUGUCCAGUUCCAAGCCAAGGACCCGUCAAGACUGGCUGGCUGUCCUCCAACAAGAGGGGCCCCCCAGUAACCAAGCUGCCAUCUGAUGGGACCUUUCGUUUCCAAGGAGACGGGGUUCGCUAUAAGGCCAAGCUGAUUGGCGUGGACUGCGUCCCAGUAGCCCAGGGAGACAAGAUGUGUUUGGACUCCAUGAUGAAACUCAAGGGCCAGGAGGUGGCAGGCAGGAGCCAGGGACGACACAAGCAGAGGGUGUGGCUGAAGGUGUCCAUUACUGGUGUGAAAAUCUUAGAUGAGAGGACUGGGGUUGUGGAGUAUGACCAUGAGAGGGGGAAGAUAAACUCCCUGACAAAGGAUGAGUCAGACCCUAGAGCCCUCUCCUACAUCUACGAUCAUGAAGGCACCUACACUCUGUUCUACAUCAAGAUGGCCAAUUUGGCUGACCCUGUCCUUGAUGAUAUCAAAGAAGUCUGCCAAAGCCCAGUAACACAAGAGGACCAAGUCAUAAAGGUCAAUAAACCAGUAGAGAAUGCUGUCGCCUUACUGCUUCUUGAUGAGAAUAUAGCUUCUCCAAAGGGCCUGGAUGACUUGGAAAUGUUAAAUUCCAUGCCUAGCUCUCCGUCAGGGCAACCAAAGCAGAUCUCAUCCAAGGACGAGCUGAUGGACAUCUUCUCUUUCCCCAGUCAAAACUCUGACAUGAAUCAACCAGGAUCUCCACAGUCUCUGUCAGUUCCUCAGAUAUUUCCCACCUUCCCUGGUCAGCCGAUCGCUGUUGCGUCAUUCAACUCACCUCCUGUUUCAAUACCUUGGUGUCAGCAAGGGCCCCUCCCAACUCUCUCACCCAGCUCAAAUGGAUCCUGGGGGGCUCCGGCCCCCUGGCCUUCCCAGCCCAACAUGACUGGAUGGAUCCCGGGGCCGGGUGGCAUGAUGCCCUAUGGAGGCCCCCAGCUGCAGGGGUACGGAGUGAACCCACAGCCAGGGGUUAUGUGGGGUCAGAACACAAUGAGCUUUCCCACCUCUGCCCCAAACUACACACCCUACAGGGCAGAGGGACUCCAGCAGCAGCCCGGCUCUCCUACCACCAACAACAAACCAGCCCAAGGAUGAACUGGCUUAGAGAGCCAAUGAAAUGUCCCUGUUGUCUUCAUGUCUGUAUGCUUGGCAUUGUCAGGGUCGGAUUACAGAACGGGCAGGCAGGGCAUGACCUUCUAUGCCCCCUGAUGUUCCGGGGUCCCCAGAUAGCAUAUUCUACCAAAAUGUGUAGAAUUACAGAAAAUGUGCUUUAAAACUGCAACCUUUUCUCUCAGCCUCAUGGCAAAAUGUGAACAAUGGCAUGAGAUGAGCUGUAAAACAGAAUAUUCUUCUCUCUGACCCAUGGCAAAAAGUGUAGAAUUGCAGGAAAUUAACUUUACAACUGCAAGAUUUUCUCAUAGCCUCAUAACACAAGGUAUAGAAUAGCAUUAUAAAACUACAAUUUUUUAAGGAAGUUAGCAGUUUUCCCAUUAAAAAAAAUAUCUGGAUGCCCAAAAUGCAGUAGUCCGGCCCUGUGCGUUGUCUUUCAGUACUUAGUAGUACCUUUUCCAUAUGUAUGUAUUCCGUAUUCCAUUCCGUAUGUAUGAAUCUGUUUACUAGGGUGCAGUUCUACAUUGCUUUUGAUAAUGUACAUUUGUGAAUUUGAGCUCAACAGCAAUUAUAUCUGUAGAUUGUUUAGUAGACUUUACUUUUUUUGACAGGAUCAUUUAGAUGAAGAAGUAAGACGAAAAUUCAAUUCAAAUGCUGUAGUUUUGGAGGGAUCUCACAGAGCUGAACUUGUUUACAAUUCUGAGAAUUCACAUGAAAGACAAAUUUGGCAUUAUUUUCAAAUGUAUUUUCUCCAUCUAUGUAAACAAGAAAGUGGUUAUGUUUAUGUUCUAGAAAGUGAACUCCAUGCAUGCUGUGGGUCUCAUGAUGGGAUUAGUGUUCAUAAAUCAUGUUUGUGUAGAUAUUUAAAUCAAGUAAUGAGGGUUGAAUAGAUUUGAGUAUCUCAGCUCCAUUUUGGAUUAAAUGGGUAUUGGGCCUACUGAUAAUGUUAAAAACAUUUUUUUUUAAGUACUCGUUUUUCAAGAGGGACAUACACUUUGUAAUGGUAAUCAUCAAAAGUCAUGGAAAUAAAUUGUGUCAUGGAUGUCAUAAUAAAAAUGCAUAUCUUACGGUAA